AUGCUUCUCAUCCACCAGACUGGCAGCGUCAAGAUUGGCGAGGUCGUCCGCUACACCGUCACCUACGCCCCCUCACAAGACCGCAUCCUGCCGUCUCCAGAGCGGCUAUAUGUACGAAUACGCAACACGUCCAACAUUGCCCUGCGGGCGGCCUUUGUCCACGGCCCAUAUACCCUGAGCGUGGCGACGUAUCCUGCCAAAUUUAACCCCAACGAAAAGUUCCCCAGCCCGCGCCGCUAUGGCGUCCCCGAGUUCGAGCCGAUGCUCAAAGCUGGAGGUUCAUGGGAGUGUCAGCUUGUCGUGCCGGAAGACAUACGGCAGGCGGCGGGGACGGGAAGCCAUGGCACGUUUGGCAACGGCCCGGAGCACGAUUCCGAGAGCGUGAGCUGGAUCAUCGAAAUCUCGUCACAGGUCAUCUUCUCCACAUCGGCGGCGGUAGGAUACGAGCUGCUGGUAGCGAGAGAACAAAAGUCAUUGAGCCUGAGCUCUUCGGUCCCGGUGGUAGGCGGCCAGGCCCAGGUACCACAACCGGGAAAGCUAGUGGACCAUCAGCAGAGCAUUGGAGCCAAGGACGGGCAUCAUCCGGGACAACCUCGCGGGGUCUUUUCAAGAGCGGUCCAUGUCAAGGUAGAAGAUACGGCAACCUUGUGGAACACGCCCCGGUUACCGGUGUGGGAUGAUGCCGGCGAUAAGAGGGUUGAGGACCGGCCUACUGCCGACCAACCAGUGGAGAGCAUGGUUAAGACCGGCGAUGCAGAAACCGAAGACGAGCCUCUUCCACGAAAACAAAAGAAGAUUCACCUUGUCAUUCUAACGCAUGGAUUGCAUAGUAACUUGGGCGCCGAUAUGUUGUUCAUGAAAGAGAGCAUCGACGCUGCUGCAAAACAAGCCAAGAUUGAUGCCAAGGCGAGAAGAGCAAAGCAGCGUGCAGAGGCCGAAGCUAAUGCCGACGACGCCAGCAAGGCAAAAGACGGUGCUUCUUCGGCAGGAAGCGAAGAGGAUGAUGAGGAUGAAGACGAAGAGGUCAUUGUGCGAGGGUAUUCUGGGAACGCCACCAAGACGGAGAAGGGGAUCAAGUACCUUGGCAAAAGGCUAGCGAGAUAUGUUCUCUCUAUGACAUACCCGGACCAGCCCUUCUUACCGAUAGGAGGAAAAGGCGCUUUCGAAGGGUUUGCCCACGGGCUAGGCGAUCAGGGGGCGCACGACCUUAUGCAAGCCCACAAACACAGCACCAUCGUCAAGGCCCCCGACUCGGAGGAGGCGAACGACCAUAAAUUAAUUCGGAGGCCUUACAAGGUCACGAGCAUCAGCUUCAUCGCGCACUCAUUAGGCGGCCUUGUUCAGACCUACGCUAUUGCAUAUAUACAAAAGCAUUCACCACGAUUUUUCGACCUCAUAAGACCUAUUAAUUUCAUCGCUCUGGCCACGCCCUUCUUAGGCUUGAGCAACGAGAACCCUCUUUAUGUCAAGUUUGCGCUCGAUUUUGGUCUCGUGGGGAGGACAGGGCAGGAUUUAGGCGAAUCUGCCCACAAGAAGGUCUACGGGGAAUCACAGCCCGAGUCCAAACCUCUGUUACGAAUCUUACCCUCAGGGCCCGCUCACACUGCCCUCAAGAAAUUUCGAAACCGAACAGUCUACUCCAAUGUGGUCAAUGAUGGCAUCGUUCCGCUACGCACAAGCUGCCUAUUAUUCUUGGAUUGGCAGGGCCUAGGGCGAGUUGGCAAAGCAAGGAGAGAAGCCGGUCUCGUCGAGACGGUUGUAGGCUUUGGAUGGGCCGAGCUCACAGGUGCCAACAUGGGAUCAUCGCGGCAGAAGCUGCAGCUUCCUCCGGACGACAUUGAGACAGACUCGGGUGCUACGACCCCCAAUGGUGAUGGCAGCACCAACAAUGGCGACAACAGCAACAGCCAUCAAGUGCCGCAGCCAUCCAACGAUGCUAUCGCCGAAGACGACCGGGCUAGCCUACGCUCUGUUCCGGCGGUAUUUGCAGAUGAGCCACUGGAAAGCCCGGGAGAUAACCUGCUUCACACUCCGCUCACCGGAUUCUUUAAUUUAUUUAGGAGCAACGACCCUCCAAAAGAGCAACCCGUGACGGAGAAGCAGAAGAAGAUAUUGCGCAGGAGUCAGACACUUAAGAAUGGUGGAGAUGCUUCUAGCACUGCCGACAGCUCCAAUUCGUCAAUGACGGGCAAACAAUCCGGCAAGGCAACUGCAGGGCACGAGUUUGAGAACGAUACAGACGGCCUGACGGCACCGCCAAGGACUACGUUCUUUGAAUCUGCUGGAGACCUACUCAAUCCCAAGAUUCCGGAUGUGGAGUGGCUCGUUGAUCCGUCAAAGCGGCCCCGAACAAUAUUUCAUGAUCGAGUAUAUCAUCCGACGGACAUCCCCGCGCCGCCCUUGAAGAAGCGAACCCCUUCUGCGCUUAGUAAAAUGAAGCUCAAGUCCUCGUCUUCGUCGCUGCUCUCGCCCGGCGGCAGCGGCUCGUCGACACCGCAUUCAGGAAUCAACCACGAAGAUUCAAUGGCCUCGACAAAAGACUACGACGACACUGCACAUACGGGUCCUGAAAAACAGCCUAACGAGGUUGUUGACGGCUCGAGCAUGCGUGUUGAGGAAAAGAUUUCGCGCGGAUACCACAAGGAUUUGUCGUGGCGGAAGGUGCUUGUGAAGCUGGAACCAGACGCCCACAACAACAUAUUCGUGCGCCGCAUGUUUGCCAACGCUUACGGUUGGCCGGUCGUCAAGCACUUGGUUGAUGCCCACUUUAGCGACUCAGCCGUUGCACGAAUACGCACUGAGGACGAGUACAUGGGCGAGCGGGCUUUGGACAUCAGUCAGCCCCCUGGCGCGGAUGGUCGCGAGACUAAGACGGUGUCUAUGCGGCAAGCCCGCGGUCUUGCUCCGGAGCCGACAAAUGCGAGCGAGGCCCGUGAAGCUCUCGACGAAGUGCCUCCCCUGCCAAGGACACAAGAUACUGAUCGGACUUCCCUGACGAAUCACAGUCAUCAGGGCGAUAGAGGAGAUUCAAUGUCGUGGAGUGAGCGCGAUUGGGCGAGUAGCGAGAAUGAGAGUGAAUUCGAUUUUAUUAAUGAUGCAGUGGGCGACAAGAAACUGGACAAAACAAAGGAAAGCCAGGGCGGGAGACUGAGUCCUUCAUCAUGGAACUGGACGGAGAAGAUUGUUGGUAAGGGGGCUAUGAAGGCGAGAAGCAAGAGUCCUACGAAGACAACGGCAGGAGGGUCUUUGUGA